AUGGCUCAAUCAAUUCGUACACGCGUUCUACGUAUGCCGAAAAAAGAACAAGAAAUUCAUGUUAUUACAAAUUUAUCUGAUCACAAUGAUUCUAUGACUGCUCCACUUAUGCCUCCUUCCUCAAAUUCUGUAAAUUCAUCAACAACAUCCAGCGAUACUCGUCCACGUCUUGUAGACGAUGAUUUUCAAGCACCACUUACAGCAAAAUACCUUCGUCCUAAUUCUCGUUGGUUCGUUGUACGCCAUAAAUUACAUAAUAUACGCUCUAUGGAUCAUGAGGAACAUCGUGUUGUUCAAGGAACGUCAAGCCUUUAUUUAGGUUUACAAAUGAAACGUGAACUAAAACGUGUUCAAGAGGCAAUAAAAAAUAUUGAUAAAGAACAAAAUUUUCAUAUUAUUAAAAAGUUUUCUUUAUCUGAUGGUGGUAAAGAGAAAAGAUAUGAUACAAGUCAUGUUAAACCAAAUGAUGCACUUAUAUACGAUCGUCUUGGUGAUGAACCAUUAGCAUUACAAAAUUUACUUUUCUAUUUUGAGAAACAAGAUAUAUUACCUGGUUCAGUUGAUUGGACGUUUUUAAAUGAAGUUCUUCACGUAUUGAAAAUAAAAAGAAAACGAACUGUUCUUGUCCAAAGAUUAGGAAAAGUAGCAUUAGCACUAGCUACAAUUUUUUAUAUUAUUAUUGGUUUUAUGUUUUUAUUAUUAAUUAUCAGCUUUAUUUCAACAGCAACAAAAAUGGAUGAUCCAGAAGUUAAAUGGAUGAAACCGACCGUUGGUGAAAGUUCAAGACGUGUAUUUUCAUUAUAA